AUGACUACAAUUAAGAAACGAAUAAGCCGGCAUACGAGAAGUUCAUCUGAGGCUAUUGAUGAAGUGUUUACACGGGCAUCAAAAGCUUAUGAAACAACCAUGAAUGAUCUCUUACUCGCCCGGAAAGAAAAUCAUGAUUUACGGACUGCACAUGAAAAAGAGAAACAGAAACGUCAAAAAUCUAAGAAGCAAGUAUCUAAUGAGCAAGGAAUUAGUACGGAGGAGGCUCAGGUGCUUAUACAAGAUCAGAUUGAGGCAUCUCAAGCUGUUACUACUGUUCCGGCCGAGCCUGAGCUUCCAGUCUCUCAUCCACCUAAAUUGAGAUUUGGAUUCAAGAUUGUGUACGCGUUCGGGAAAAAAUGCCCCUUCGCUUACCGAUUACGUUAUGUGUGGUAA